UGGCUGACAAUUGCGGUGAAGAGUUGACACGCGAGUGCUCUACCUGGUCCGCGGGCGAUGCACAGUGGCUGGUGACAUUUUUCUCACCAUGAUGACCAAGCGCCUGAGGAGUCUCGACUCUCCAGCCCCACUCUCCGCCCUCCUGUACGACGCCGAGCCGCGAGAUUGGCCCGAGAGUGGCGAGAAGCUGGCGGAAAUGGUGCCAACGGACAAAUCAACAAGUCUCAAGGGUGCCAAAGAGUGUCAGGACGCCGAGGGGGAGCCCCAAGGAGCCGCGGAGAGCCGUACGGAGCUGAAGAGGCGUCACGAGGAGUGUGGGGAGCACGAGGCCAAUAACAACUGCAGCGAAGUGUGUUCUGCUGGCAAAAAAAUUAAAUACGACACGCACAGAGAGAAGAUGGUCGAGGCCUAUCAGCCCUGGGUCCUCAAGACGUACGGCGAUCUGGCGAAGACAAAGACAAUCACACUGCGCAAGCAGGCGAGGAUAAUAAAGGCCCUCAGUGGUCAGGAGACCAACAAUCCGGACAGCUCCAAAUUUAGGUUUUGGGUAAAGGCGAAAGGUUUCACAACUGAGCGCCCCGUUGACUUCAAAGGCGAUCUCAACUUGAAUAAGGACCUGGUGGAGAUGCCGAACAGGCACUGCCUGCUCUACGUCCCAAAUUUCACAAAGGAAAAUCCGCAGCUUUAUCGCCGUGUUGCCAUUGUGGAGUUGUUCUUCGACAUCAUCUUUGGCGUCCACGUUGGCCUGGGCGGUCGCUCUGGUCGACAUGCUGGCCAGAAGAGGACCUACAGAACUAUCACGGAAUCGUAUGCAUUUCUGCCUCGCGAGGCCGUCACAAAGUUCCUCUCUGGGUGUGUUGUGUGCAAAAAGCUGCCAACCCCCUACUCUCCACUCCGCCUGGACGAUGCCGAGAGUCCCAGCGAAUGUGAUAGUCCACUCCAAUCAGCGACAAAUUCGUCCGGCAAUCGAUUAUUAAUUAACAAUCAACCAGAGAUGCGAGAGAAUCGCGAUGUGGCUGAAAGUGAAAUGGAUGCAGAGCAGAAAUCAAGCGUUUCGUCAAGUGCAGUUCAACAGCCUAUCGAUUGGGAGGAGAGGAUUUCGGUGGAGUACAGAAAAGCGGAUCAACAGGAGAAAAACCACACGGUUCCGGACAAAGGCACUCCACUGGCAAUUCCCGCCAAUGGCUUGGCCGGCAUCGAAGGCUUCGGCAUCAACAGCAGUCAACUGUAUGAAUACUAUCAUCUACUGAAAGCGUUCUACGACGGCUCCAACCGACCGAAAACCCCCUCGGAUGCAACAGCGGCCCGAACAGAGCUCACCGACAAUUUUCCAGCGAAGCCGCCCAGCAUUGUGAUAAACCCACCGACACUUCCCACUAAUGAGAGGAGCACCAGCGCGAUGGCGAUUUCGUGCAAAACCACACCACCGAAGAAGCGAUACAAUAACUAUAGCCAAACCAGGGCGAAGAGCGAGGAUGAUAAAUUGCUGGAUUCGGCAAACUUUGUCCGACCUUCGAGGAUUUCCACGGCCAAUGUCAUGUCAACUUUGCGAUCAAAUGAUCCCAUCACGUCCACCUACUUGAAGCUAACUAGGAGCAUGGGCCUCAGCGACGAAGACGCUCUCAGGAUUGAUGACUUGGAGACUCCAACCAUCGCAACAACCUCAUCCGGUGGGUCGACCUCAACAUCGACAACUUCCAUUGCUGAACCGGGAGACGCUCACGCUGAAGAUCCCUACUCUGGACUUAUGAAAGAUGCUGAUAAACUAAAAUUAAUGCUUUUAGCGUGGAAUUAUCAAAAUUCCAAUGCAGCUCGAAAUGGCACCGAAGGACCCGAUUUAGCCAUGGUGGGUGGGCUCUGGGCACAGUAUCAAAAUGCAUUGGCCAUGAAUGGUAAACAAUUGUCGCCAAGCGGUCGUGUAGACCCAUCGAGUCCAGUGGAGAAUCAAGAUGAGACCAAUUCUUCUGGCCAAAAGGACGACGAUGAGCUCUCGGAGGAUGAUUCAGAGGACAGAAUAGAUGCAAACGCCCAAGAUCCAGAGCGCCUCAAGGCAUUCAAUAUGUUCGUUCGGCUGUUUGUGGAUGAGAAUUUGGAUCGCAUGAUUCCCAUUUCGAAGCAGCCCAAGGAGAAGAUUCAAGCCAUCAUUGAUUCCUGCACUAGACAGUUUCCAGAGUUUGCUGAGCGAUCGCGCAAGAGGAUAAGGACAUAUCUCAAGUCCUGUCGCCGCAACAAGAAGACCCGCGACGGUUGGGAGAAUACUUCACGACCGACGCCAGCACAUUUGACAUCAGUUCAAGCAGAACAAAUAUUGGCAUUAGCAUGCGAAAACGAAAGUAUGAAUGCGAAACGGAUGCGUUUGGGCCUUGAACCGAUCAGUCAAAAUGUGACGCCCACUGUGAACACUACUGUCGACACUACAAUAGCCAACUAUUCAAUCAUGAAAACUGCUGCUGAAAAUGAUGCCAUAAACACGCCAUCGGCCUCUGUAUCCAUGAAGACAGCGGCCCCAGCAACAAGUGCUGCUGAAACUAAGACCAUUAACACCACGCAAAGUGAGAAUGGCAUCAGUACAAAUUCCUUGUAUCGUGCAGAUUAUAGCAACAAUUCAAGCCAAUACAAUGCCCGAACCAACAACUAUCCGAACUACUUCAACAACAACACACAAUCUAAUGUUCCCACGGAUUUAUCAAUGAAGCAGACACAGAGACCGCCAAUUCUGUCGCACAAGCUGAAUGCCACGGAAAUGAACGCUGUUCGCCAGUUGGUCACCGGCUACAGGGAAAGUGCAGCCUUCCUCUUGCGAUCGGCCGACGAACUGGAGCAACUCCUUCUGCAGCAGCAGCAGUGAAUCUCACAAGCGCACAUUUUAUGAUAACAAUCCAAAUUUUAACAACGGGUAUUGAUUAACGAAAGUGAAGAAAAAAAUUAGCUUACAUGUAACACGUAUUGAAUAUUUAUAUAGAUAAGGUAGGACUUUUUUGUUUUAUCUUUCUCUGUUUCGCUUUCUUUUGCCAAAGUCAAUUUUUUUUGUUGUGCUUGAAAAUGUACAAAAGAAUUCCCAUGUAAAAUAUCUCACUACAGUUAGCGAGAAUGAUGAUAAUAAAAAUAGAUUUCGCUAAAUAUUUCACGAUGUAAAUCGUAUUUCAUAGUAGAGUUAAUAGAAGGAGAAAAAAUACGAAAAAAAAGUUUACUAAUUUCUCUCUCAAAAAUAAAAGAAAAAAUAGACAAAGUGUCAAAUUCUCCACUUUAUAAAGUAUACUAAUGAAUCUGUAUAUUUUACCAUUUAUUCAACAAACAUAAUUGAUGUUUCAGUGAAUUCAGUGUUUUUUCGAAUUAGUGAAAUUUUUGAGCACAUGAAUGUCAAAGAAUCUAAUCACCGUAUACGAUAUCUCACUGUUAAAUGAAUGAAGAAAAAAUUGGAAUUCUUUUGUAUUCACAAUAUAUGCUUAUUUUUAAGAUGGUGGAAAAGAGUCAAGAAGAAAACUUUGAAAAACCUAUUGAUAUUUGUAAUAUGAUACAGGGUGAUAAUUUCUCAUUGAGUAAAUUGUAGUGCCAUUUGAUUUCUCAAAACUGUUUUGUCGCAUUUUUGUACAAUUUGAUGAUGAGGAAAAAAAAUGUGGAAAUAAUGUUCGCCAAAGAAAUAAUCUUUGAUAGUUACCAGUGAAAAAGAAUGGCUACACUAUUUUUCUAUAUAUGAUAAAUUAAACAAGUAUAUAAGUUGAAAAAUAAAAUUGAAGAGAAUCAUAGAGAUUAUACCUAUUUGACGACGAAGAUGAUAAAUGAAUGUAAAAUCCAGUUAUAGCAAGAAUGAGUAUUUGAAACGCCAAUGGAAAUAAAACUUGAACUUUUGAG